GGAUAUGAACUGGCUUUUGCGCUCUUGAUUUGACUGGCAUUACGGUGUACUGGCAUUAUGUCAUUGAAACUUGAAUCGCAGGUAUAAUUUAAUUAGAGUAAAGAAAUGAGCAACAGUAACUACGAAGUGUCAAUUGCCACUUUGAGCUACCUUCAUAAAUUAGCAAAAGCAUGCAGUGCAAUAUCGUUGCCGCUUACAAGGUGCAUAAGCUAUCGUCUUCUGGAAUGCAGUGAACGCCGAGGUGUGAGUGAGAAAAGCCUUUUGACGAAGUGUGAGAGUUGUGGGAUUGCUUGGGACCCAUCCAGUGUUAAAAUUCGGACAAAGCCCAGACCGGUGUUGCGACGGAGCAUUAGGAAGCUACUUGCCAAGGAACAGCACCGGCCAUGGCUACUCAGCUCGAGGCAGAAGAAACUACUGAAGCGUUUCAAGUGUGCUACAACAAUGCUGGUGUACCUGUGCAAAGUGUGUGGCAAAAAGCAGGAGCAGUCAUGUCCAAAACUUUUGAAGAACCACCCAUCAAAGGCUAAUUCAAGCCUGUUCUGCAACAAAGCAAUUGCUACAAAGAGCACAAAGAGACCCACUUCAAGCCCUAUUCACGUGCUUGUAAAGAAGAAGAAAGAAGAAAAAUGCACAGUAUCUGAUACUCUAAAGGAAUGUGCCUCUGUAAAACGCAACAGGAGUUUGCUGAAGCGUGUUCUUAUUGAAGAGGACACACGAAGAACCAGCAGUGGAGGGCUUCAUAGUUUCCUGUCUUCUCUGUAGUGUCAAAUGUGUGUUUCUCUCAGUUACUGUAUCAGCUACUGUUAAGGAAAGGUGAAGGAUGCAGCUGCAUGUUUAAUAUUUCCUUGGAGGCUAACCACAGUAACAUUCAUUGUGACAGCAUUUUGAAUUUUCUGAAGCCCCAUAGCAUGCCAUGUGUCACUAGCAAGGAACAUACUUUGGCCACUUCAUACAUUAGUUGGAAUAAAGGGAAACAGUGGAGUAGAUGGGUCGGCCAUAAGCAGACACAAUGAAGAGCUGACUUAAAGGGACACUAAAGGCAAAUACUAAGUCAAGCUAAAGUGAUGCAUUAGUGCACGAGUAUCUCUAAAGCGUCAAUAUUAUCGCGAGCAGAGCCUUAGUAAUAGAGAAAUUAAGGUAAAUGCAGGACAUGAUUAGCGACUCCCCCGGGACAUUCAAGUACUCGCCCGAUGACGAAGGCACUCCUCAUUUAAAUUCUGUCACUAGUACUGAACCACUCGUUAUGAAAACAUCAUUGUACUGUAUUAUAAGAAGAAAGAAAAUACUACUUCACCAGUUGUAUUACAUUUUUACAAAAAAGAACUAACUGACAUUACACCGUUGACAACAACGCGGGCGGUCAAAAUGUUUCGUGUUCGCUCGACUCUGCGCCGCCCGCACUUUCGCGUUUCAGUUUUUCUGUUAACGUGUAGUGUUGCACUUGUUUUUCUGGCUCGCGAACCUCGCACUAACUGCAAGUAGCAGAGAAUUCCACUUCCACGCGACGUCGCGGAAUGCCCGAACGGUCUACGCCACUUUACCAAAAUCAGCUGCAGCGGCGCACCGUACCACCAUCUGUCGGGCGCCGUUACACUCACCAACGGCAGAAAAUGGCGUAUGCAACGUCACAACUCCUCAAUUGGCGUGGCGGGUGAUUUGAAUUGCAAUAAAAUUAUUUGGACCCUUCAGAUCCAAUUUUUUCGUAAACUAAGUCUUUUCUUUGCAUGAGACAAGCGUUUUGAGGUUUCUGGAAAGGUAUUUAAACAGUCCACGUCGACUUAGUAUUUUCCUUUAGUGUCCCUUUAAGGCUGGUUUAAUAAGCAAAGUAGAAAGAAUAAGUAAAUGUAUGUUGGAACAGAUACAGGAAUUUCGAAGGCAUGGGAGGUGGCAAGAAGCAGAAGAAUAAGAUAGGGACAGCAGGGUAUACAAGAACAAGUGCUAACUUUCAAGUAAGUUUUAUUAAGCAAAAAACAGCAUAGCUAUUCUAUUGGGACUGUCCUGCAUGACAAAGAACUUCUGUACCUGUCUUAAUAAAAUGGU